AUGGCGUGGAGAACGUCGACGCCGCCGCCGCCUGCUGCUGCUCCUGCGCCGCACACUCGCGCGCCCAUGACCGCCCACAAUGCUCUCUUUCUCAUCUGUUUUGGCAUGUUUCUCAUGGCUACACUGUUGCCCGUGCUCAUGGCUUCACUGAGCCGUCUAUUUGUCCUCGUGGGUGCCGUGCUCGCCGGUGCGGCCGCCACGAACCCGUCGGACCAUUCGUUUGCGCUGUGGAUCAACCAGCAGAACGAACCGCGAGACCUCGUGCCCGAUGCGUCGUCUGUUGGCGUCUCCAAGUGGUUCUCGGCCGUGUACCACACGGCCAAAGCACUGAUGUGCAACGAGCCAUUGACGUGGCGCUUCCACAAUGCACUCGUGUUUAGUGUCGUCCACGUACCCUCGAGAGAGCGCUGGGCGUUCGGUGUCUUUGGCACGUGGCGCUGGGCAGACGAAGCUGGUGCGUAUGUCACGUCUCUGUGCCAUUCGCCAUGGGUCAUGAAAAUCUCGAGAGGUGGUACUGUGUCGAGCAUUGAAGAGUACGUGGUACAUGGCGCUGGAGGUCGUUACGGGUCGAGUGCCGGGUCGAGUGCCGAGGGAUUGUUGAGACGACGGAAAGUAGCAAUGUCGAGUGGAUGUCCGACUGGGUUUGUGAACGAUGACGUCGCGACGACGUCGCAUCAGCAGAUUCGAGCGAAAGCGAUGCAGUCGAAGAUUAAAAAGGAUUGGAAAACCGCUGCAGUGUUAUUCCUCGAGGCGGCAAAAGUUGCAGGUGCUUUGCUGGUACGUGCCAACUACGAGCUGGAAGCAGCGUGGUGUGCAUUGGAAGAAGCGGCGACGUACCCGAGCGAGCAAAGUGACUUGGUGCGUAAGAUUAAGCAGCUGUGCGACGAGUUGGCUUCAGCUGGGUACUUUGAUGAAGCGGCACGUGGACUGUCUGAGCUGGCGCUGCGGUUGAAACGGAAGUUUCCUACGGAAUGCAAAACGACUGAGCUUGCCAAGCAAGUCGCAGCACUGUACGUGCAAGCCAAGAAUGUCGCCGAAGCUGGUGGUAGCGUGCACAACGCUGCUGAAAAUGGCGUACGGGCGGCGCAGGUAUAUGCCGAUGCGGGUCUGUGGUCGUUUGCUAGGAAGUGUUUCGAGGUCGUUGGUGACAUUCAACGUGAGAAUGAGCAGUACGAGCUUGCCAAUGAAGCGUACGGUAAUGCUGUUCUCUGUCGUAUUGGCCAGCUUGACAUGACUGGUGCGGAGAACAUGCUCAAUCGGUUCACCGAGUACAUGGGUGACACACACCGAUCAAGUGACAUGGACUGCUUUUUAUCGAGCGUACUAAAAGCUUAUCACAAGUGGUCGCGACACAUUCUUGAGACAGCAGUAGAGCGCUAUAGCUCGUCGCACCGGCUGGCACCAUGGCAGCGUAAGUGUCUUGUGGACUUGCAGAAAAAGCUGGACAAUGCUGAUUUGCGGUAA